AUGUGUGGCAUCUUCGGCUAUAUCAACUACCUGGUUGAAAGAGACCGCAAAUAUAUCAUCGAUACUUUGCUCAAUGGACUUUCGAGACUCGAAUACCGCGGUUAUGACUCUGCAGGCCUUGCCGUCGAUGGCAACAAGAAGAACGAAGUUUGUGCUUUCAAGGAAGUUGGCAAGGUCGCGAAAUUGAAGGAGCUCAUCGAGGAGUGUAAGCCUGAUCUGACAAAGACCUUUGAGUCUCAUGCUGGUAUCUCCCACACUCGCUGGGCCACUCACGGAACGCCUUCCCGUCAAAACUGCCAUCCCCACAGGUCCGAUCUAAACUGGGAGUUUUCCAUCGUUCACAACGGAAUUAUUACCAACUACAAGGAGCUGAAGGCUCUGCUUGAGAGCAAGGGAUUCCGCUUCGAGACCGAGACCGACACAGAAUGCAUCGCUAAGCUCACAAAAUACCUGUUUGACCAGCAGCCAGACAUCGAGUUUACGGUGCUGGCUAAGGCCGUUGUCAAAGAACUUGAGGGUGCUUUUGGUCUCUUGAUCAAAUCAGUUCACUAUCCCCAUGAAGUCAUUGCCGCUCGCAAAGGUUCUCCCCUGGUGAUUGGAGUGAGGACAUCGAAGAAGAUGAAGGUGGACUUCGUUGACGUUGAAUAUUCGGAGGACGGCCCGCUCCCGGCGGAGCAGGCUUCUCAGAAUGUUGCCCUCAAGAAAUCGGCUACCGGGCUUCUUGCUCCUCCGGACAAAUCGCUGCUGCAUCGGUCGCAGUCUCGUGCCUUCUUGUCUGACGAUGGUGUUCCCCAGCCCGCAGAGUUUUUCCUGUCAUCUGACCCAUCUGCGAUUGUUGAGCACACGAAAAAGGUGCUCUACCUCGAAGAUGAUGACAUCGCCCAUAUCCAUGAGGGACAGCUCAAUAUCCAUCGACUGACAAAGGAUGAUGGCACCUCUAACGUUCGCGCCAUCCAGACCAUUGAGCUUGAACUCCAGGAGAUCAUGAAGGGUAAGUUCGACCAUUUCAUGCAGAAGGAAAUCUUCGAACAACCGGAGUCCGUUGUGAACACUAUGAGAGGUCGGCUUGACGCUGCCAACAAGCAAGUCACGCUUGGUGGUCUGCGACAGUACAUCUCGACUAUUCGUCGUUGCAGAAGAAUCAUUUUCGUUGCCUGCGGAACCAGCUAUCACUCUUGCAUGGCUGUGCGCGGAGUUUUCGAGGAACUCACCGAAAUCCCUAUCUCGGUGGAACUUGCUUCCGACUUCUUGGACAGACAAGCCCCUGUCUUCCGUGAUGACACCUGCGUGUUUGUUUCCCAGUCGGGAGAAACGGCUGAUUCGCUCAUGGCUCUUCGAUACUGCCUUGAGCGUGGUGCAUUGACAGUUGGCAUUGUCAAUGUCGUCGGAUCCGCCAUCUCCCUUUUGACCCACUGCGGUGUGCAUAUUAACGCUGGCCCUGAGAUUGGUGUUGCCUCCACGAAGGCUUACACCUCCCAGUUCGUCGCUAUGGUCAUGUUUGCGCUCUCCCUGAGCGAGGACCGGGCGUCCAAACAGAAGAGACGGGAGGAGAUCAUGGAGGGCCUUGCAAUGGUCUCCGAGCAAUUCAAGGAGAUCUUGAAGUUGAACGAACCGAUCAAACAGAUGUGUGCAAACUUCUUCAAGAACCAGAAGAGUCUACUUCUGCUUGGCAGGGGAAGUCAAUUCCCUACUGCCCUCGAAGGUGCUCUGAAGAUCAAGGAGAUUUCUUACCUUCACUGCGAGGCUGUUAUGUCGGGUGAGCUGAAGCACGGUGUUCUCGCUCUUGUCGAUGAAAACCUGCCUAUCAUCAUGAUCCUCACAAGGGACAACAUCUUCACCAAGUCCUUGAAUGCCUAUCAGCAAGUCAUUGCUCGUGGCGGACGCCCAAUCGUGAUCUGUAACCACGACGACCCCGAGUUUUCGACCGCCCAGACGGAUAAGAUUGAAGUGCCCAAGACUGUGGACUGUCUUCAGGGUCUGCUCAAUGUAAUCCCGCUCCAGUUGGUUUCGUACUGGCUGGCGGUUCUGGAGGGACUUAACGUUGACUUCCCUCGAAACCUCGCGAAGUCUGUCACCGUCGAGUAA